AUGACUGACGCUCAAGUUCAAGUUCAAGCUGAACUUCCUGUCGCACCAGUAGCUGUUGAAAACGAUACAGUUACAGAAUCCAACUCCGAAAUGCCAGUCGACCAGGUCACAGAUUUGGAAACCAAUGCAGAAGAUGAAGACAAGGUUGUGCCAGAGACCGACAUUGUCAAAGACAACACCACUGAGACAGAGAAGGAGAAUCUCAACACCAUAAUCGAACCAAAACCAACAACCGUUCUCAACAUCGACAAGGCCACCGUGCCAGAGACACACGACAAUGACAACGCCAACGUCGAAGCAGAAGAAACUCAACCCCAAGCUGCCACAGAGCCUUCUGAUUGUUCUAAAUCCUCCCUCUCACUCACCACAACCACAAUCUUAGUCUCCCUCACAGCCGGUGCUUUUGUGAUCGGAGUCCGUUCCCCAUUCGUCUCUGUAUGCAUGUUAUACGGUGUGAUUAACUAUGCAAAGUACACGUUACUUUGA